AUGCCAUUGUCUCAACCUUCAGCUAUUGUUGAACCAGAGUUAUCUCAUUCACUGCUCGAUGACGAGAGUGAUUCAGAUGAAGAGACUAUGAAUAUGCCGUUCACAAGAAAAUACUAUAGGGCACUAAAUCAAAAAAUUAACAUGUUGGUGAGUCAUGGUGAAGCUUUCUCAAUUAGUAAUUUCCAAAACAUAAUGAUAGUUCAUGAAGCCACGGUGAAGAUUCUGCUUUAUGAGAGUAAGAGAUUGUGUGAAGAAAAUGAGAAACUAGUGAAAGAGCAUGCUACGAAGAUGGAAGCAACAAUUAAUGAAAAUUAUGAUACUGAAGAUAAAAUAGCACAUGAACAUGCGCGAAAAGAAACGCAAAUAACAUCGCUCAAACAGGAAUUCAUGUUUGUGAAAUAUGAGCUGGAAAAAAUGGAUGAUGAGAUGUUGUUGGUGAAGGCUUGA